UCGUUCUCCUGGUUCGGUAAAGCAGCACUGGGGAUUGCCGCGAUGUCAGUUCAGGUUGUGGCAGCGAAAAUGGCUGAGGUCGAGCUAAAAGACGUCUCAAAGAAGGAAUUGCCCGUGGUUUCACCAGUGACACCUAACACAGAUGAAAAAGGCUCAUUAAACAGCGAGGCUAAUGUUACAGUGACAUCUCCCCAGCCGGAGCCCAGUGUCCGGAGCGACGCGAGUCCUCUGAGCCCGACCCCGAUCAAGAUGCCUCAAGCGUCCGCGAUGAAGCGACCGGACCCGCAACAAAACGGCGGCGAGGCAUUCGUGAACAGCGACGGCACCGUGGCCGAGGCUCCUCGCAUGAAAAAGCAGAUCCAGUUUGCUGACCAGAAGCAGGAGUUCAACAAACGGCCCACCAAGAUCGGACGCCGUUCUCUAUCUCGCUCCAUCUCUCAGUCUUCUACAGACAGCUACAGCUCAGCUGCCUCCUAUACUGAUAGCUCGGAUGAUGAGACCUCUCCUAGGGACAAGCAGCAGAAGAACUCCAAGGGCAAUGGAGAUUUCUGCAUUAAAAACAUUAAGCAAGCUGAGUUUGGUCGCAGAGAGAUAGAAAUUGCUGAGCAAGAGAUGCCUGCUCUUAUGGCCUUAAGAAAAAGAGCGCAGGGAGAAAAGCCCCUGGCUGGAGCUAAAGUGGUGGGCUGCACUCACAUUACGGCCCAGACUGCUGUCCUGAUGGAGACCCUGUCUGCAUUGGGUGCUCAGUGCAGGUGGGCUGCCUGUAACAUCUAUUCCACCCAGAAUGAGGUGGCAGCUGCCCUGGCAGAGGGAGGCUUCUCAGUGUUCGCAUGGAAGGGUGAGUCUGAAGAUGAUUUCUGGUGGUGCAUCGAUCGCUGCGUGAACGUGGAGGGUUGGCAACCCAACAUGAUUCUUGAUGAUGGUGGGGACCUGACACACUGGAUCUAUAAGAAAUACCCCAACAUGUUUAAGAAGAUCAAAGGCAUCGUGGAGGAAAGUGUGACUGGAGUUCACAGGCUGUAUCAGCUGUCAAAGGCUGGCAAGCUUUGUGUGCCUGCCAUGAAUGUCAACGACUCCGUCACCAAGCAGAAAUUUGACAACCUCUACUGCUGUCGUGAGUCCAUUUUGGAUGGUCUGAAGAGGACCACAGAUGUGAUGUUUGGAGGGAAACAGGUGGUGGUGUGUGGUUACGGAGAGGUUGGAAAGGGCUGCUGUGCUGCUUUAAAGGCAAUGGGCUCUAUUGUGUAUGUCACAGAAAUCGACCCUAUUUGCGCUUUGCAGGCCUGCAUGGAUGGCUUCAGGCUGGUGAAACUAAAUGAGGUCAUUAGACAAGUGGACAUUGUCAUCACCUGCACAGGUAACAAAAAUGUAGUGGUGAGAGAAAACCUGGACCGUAUGAAGAACGGCUGCAUCGUCUGUAACAUGGGCCACUCUAACACCGAGAUUGAUGUGGCCAGUCUGAGGACCCCUGAAUUGACCUGGGAACGUGUGAGAUCACAGGUGGACCAUGUGAUCUGGCCUGAUGGCAAGAGAAUAGUGUUAUUGGCAGAGGGUCGUCUCCUCAACCUGAGCUGCUCUACUGUACCCACCUUUGUCCUGUCUAUCACAGCCACGACCCAGGCGCUGGCUCUGAUAGAGCUAUACAAUGCUCCAGAGGGUCGCUACAAACAGGAUGUUUACCUGCUGCCUAAGAAAAUGGAUGAGUAUGUGGCGAGCCUUCACCUGCCCACAUUUGAUGCCCACCUCACUGAGCUGAGCGAUGAGCAGGCCAAGUAUCUAGGCCUAAACAAAAACGGUCCCUUCAAGCCAAAUUACUACAGGUAUUAAAGCAUCUUACCAAUGGAAAUGAAGAUUAGCAAAUUUAGCCAGAUUCAUCAAUCCAGGGGAAGCUGGGGUUCAGCCUCUUGGUCGGGGGGAGGGAGAGGCUCUGUGCUGAUUGGCUGGAGCCUUUGGCAUGGCUUGCAUUGGCUACAGCAGUUUUUAUUUAUUUUCUGCUACAAACAGCAUAACUCUAAUCUUUUUAUGAGCUGCUGCUGCUAGUGGUUCAUCCUAGCACCAUCUUUAUAGAGAUUUCACCCUUUCAUCCUCUUUAGAUUCCUGUGUUAGUUGUAUGUAAUCCGUUUAGAAAUCUUUUGUUUAAUGUUGGCUAAUCUGAUUUGAAAAAGAUGAAAAAGAAGAAACUAAUGUACCUUUUGUUUUUGUUCCUUAAUGAUUUUAUGUUGGACAUGCAGUUUAUCCUAUUGUCUUUAUUUUCUACUUCUGUGGGUAUUUCAUUUUCUGUAAUGGUGGGUUGGGACACAGGUAUGGCUGGGUCCAAGGGUCCCAAUUAUCUAUUUUCUUUUUGUUUUAUGAUUUUUUUAUUUUGAUUUUACUGAAAUCUUAGGAUUUGGGUUUUAUUUAGUUUUUAAUUACAAUAAGUUAGUCAAACUUUACCUAGACACUGGCCUCUUUGCUCCACUGUCACAACAGCUGGAUACAGAUUAUUUCAUUGGUCAGAUUGCAGCCAUCUCACAUGUCUCCCAAGAGGCUUGUGCUGUUUCGGUAUUUGAAAUGAAGCCAGUAUUAGUGUUUUAAAAUGUUCCCUCUUUUCAACGUCUCGUUCUCUAGUUCUUGAUUUUCUUAAAAUGUUAUUACAUUAUCACAGAUGCUUUUCAGGCUGUAUAAUCAUUUACAGGGGUGUAUAUUUAAAUAUUUAUACAGAAAACUUAAGAUUUUUCUAUCUUCUACUUCCUUUUUCUUUUCCCAUGCAAUCAUCCUGUAUUAAUAUAGAGAUAAGCAAAUUAAAUGUUCUAUUACGUUUUAGUGUAAUGUUUAAUGUACUGAAACGUUCAAUUUAUAUACUGUGAAGUAAAGAUUAUUUUGAUGAAAUACCAAAUGUAUAGUUAGGUCCGUACCCACUUUCUUUGACAGGCCCACCAGAAUUUGUCUAAAAUGGAGGAUUAGAUAAGGCAAAGAGUGACUUCGGUGCUCAUUUCAUGGUUUUAAGGGGUGAUUGGAACAAACUGCUUUGGCAUAUCUGUUCUCAAAGCUGCCUUGCUGGAAUUGCUUUUUGAAAUUGGACAAAAUCUGGCACUUUUUCACUACACUAUUAAUUUUACUUUUACAACAGGUGAUAUUACAUCUUUGAUCAACUCUGUACGUUUCCCAUAAGAGGCAUUGAAUUGCUUCUUUACCCUCCAUAUAUCUGUGUUUCCUGUACCAUUUUCUUCUUUUUCUGCAUAGCAAAAUAAAUUUAUCAGUUAAAAAAAAUAUAUUAACACCAACAAUGCACAACACUUAGAUUUUCAUGUUAACAGAUUUAUACAUAUCUACAAUUCAAAUGCCUGGUUUGUAUGUUUAUUCUGGUAAAAGCAGUGUUAUUCAGGUCUUACUGUACUUGGCUUGUCAUUCUAAGGUGUUGACAAGCUCAGCAUUAGUACACCUCGACAUCUAAAACACUUAAUUAAAUCACUCAGCAUUCACGCUAAUGAUGUCGAAUUUUCUUCCCCAAAUACACUUGGUGUUACGUUUAUGUAUCAGAGCGCCAUACUGUAUCAACAUGUUCAAGUUAUCCCCCAAAUGUCUGUCAGUUUCUCCAUCUGUCUGUGUUUAGUCGAGAACACUUGUGCUGACCUUGAUGUUUUUUUUAUUUUUAUUUUUUUUUUAUUUCCCCCCCUGUCUGUGUUUGGCUGUGCAUACAUCUGCAUGUGUGUUUGAGAGAGCUCUCGUGUGUAUGGUUUUUUUGCAAGGUCAGAAUUUUGUCGCAGUGUUGCUGUUGACUCAGGAUCCAAGCCUCUGUCUAAGACUGACCUGAUCAGUGGUUCCACAGCAGCAUGUGCACCGAGUUAACACCAGCAUCUCGUAUAGAAACGAGCUUAGUAGGAACUAAAUCAAAUCCACUCCUGUAUUUAUUGUAUUCAGUACAAAAAGAGAAUCUUUAAUGUUACUUGUUAAAACAAUGUUUAAAUAUUUCAAAUUGAUGGUAGAUGAGCAAUAAUCAAUAUGUAACCUGAAAGAAUGAAAUAAAAGUCAUAAAAAUGCGUUGUAAGACA